CUUCUACGUGUAGCUACCGGCUCUGCCUCUGGGAGUUGAAGUUUCCGAAAGAGGACCUUCUAGAGUGGUAAAUACCACUACAAAAAGCUUUCUGAGAGGUUAUCAGAUUCCCCGACAACUCCUCUGUUCGAGGCAUCAAAUAAUGUCAUCUGAAAUGUUGCCAGCAUUUAGUGAGACUUGUAAUGUUGAAAGACAGCAAAACUUAAGUGAAGAUGGAGAGGAAAAUCAGAAGCCAGGAUUAAGUGAAAAGUUUCAACCAAUAUCUAAACGGCAAAUGAAGAAGCUAAUGAAACAGAGACAAUGGGAAGAACAACGAGAACUCCGCAAACAAAAGCGGAAGGAAAAACGCAAGAGAAAGCAAUUAGAGCGACAGUGUCAACCUGAGUCAAAUUCAGAUGGAAGUGACAGAAAACGUAUUCGAAGAGAUGUUGUUCACAGCCCACUCCGCCUUAUCAUUGACUGCAGUUUUGACAGCUUGAUGGUAUUAAAGGACAUUAAAAAACUUCAUAAGCAGAUUCAACGAUGUUAUGCAGAAAAUCGACGAGCACUGCAUCCUGUGCAGUUUUAUUUGACAAGUCAUGGAGGCCAGCUGAAAAAGAACAUGGAUGAAAAUGACAAAGGAUGGGUCAACUGGAAGGAUAUCCAUAUCAAACCAGAGCACUAUAGUGAAUUCAUACAGAAAGAAGACCUGAUUUAUCUUACAUCAGAUUCACCUAAUGUAUUAAAGGAAUUAGAUGAAUCAAAGGCCUAUGUGAUUGGAGGAUUAGUAGAUCACAACCAUCACAAGGGACUCACGUAUAAACAAGCAUCAGAUCAUGGAAUUGAUCAUGCACAGCUUCCCCUUGGGAAUUUUGUGAAGAUGAAUAGUAGAAAAGUUUUGGCAGUUAAUCAUGUGUUUGAGAUUAUUCUGGAAUACCUGGAGACAAGAGACUGGCAAGAAGCAUUUUUCACUAUUUUACCCCAGAGGAAAGGAGCUGUUCCCACAGACCAAGCCUGUGAAAGUUGUUCACAUGACAAGAAAUUCGCCGGAGUUGAAGGUGGAUUAAACAGUGAUUCCAGUGAGGAGGAAAAUAGGCAUGAACUAGAUUCAACACAUGAAGAAGAAAAGCAGGAUAAAGAAAAUAGCACUGAAUCUACAGUGAACUCUGUGCCACACUAA